GCACUGUUAGGACGUGCGCAAAUACAGAUAGCAACGGACAAUGCAAAUAUAGCAAACAUUAAUCACAUUCCACUGUCAAUGCAUUUAAGUUACUUUUAAAAGUCAUUUGCGAGUAGAGAAGUGUCUCAAAAUGUUCGCAGGGUUACCAGAGCUUGGAAUAUCCAAUGGAGAAGAUCUGAAAGAAACUCUCACUAACUGUACAGAGCCUCUGAAAGCCAUCGACCAGUUUCAGAUGGAAAAUGGCAUAUUGUUGCCAACCCUACAGUCUGCAUUGCCUUUCCUGGAUCUUCACGGCACUCCGCGACUGGAGUUUCAUCAGUCUGUGUUUGAUGAGCUUCGAGAGAAACUGAUGGAACGUGUUGCCACCAUUGCAGAUGGCAAAGAUGAAGACAGAUAUGUUAAGCUGGAAGAACUUCUGGAGAAAAGCUUUCCAUUGGUGAAGAUGCCAUCCAUACAGCCUGUUGUCAUGCAAGUGCUGAAACAUUUGCCAAAGGUGCCUGAGAAGAAGCUGAAGCAGGUGAUGGCUGAUAAAGAGCUCUAUAAAGUCUGUGCGGUGGAGGUGAAACGUCAGAUUUGGCAGGACAAUCAGGCUCUGUUUGGAGAUGAAGUGUCUCCUUUGUUGAAGCAGUAUAUUGUGGAGAAGGAAGCAGCUCUGUUCAGCAGUGAUCUGUCCAUCCUACACAACUUUUUUAGUCCUUCUCCCAAAACACGCCGGCAGGGUGAGGUAGUGCUGAAGCUGACACAGAUGAUUGGGAAGAACGUGAAGCUUUAUGAUAUGGUACUUCAGUUUUUGCGGACUCUGUUCCUUCGGACACGGAACGUGCACUACUGCACCCUGCGUGCUGAGCUGCUCAUGUCCCUUCAUGACCUGGACAUCAGCGAGAUCUGUUCAGUGGACCCCUGCCACAAGUUUUCCUGGUGUUUGGAUGCCUGCAUCAGGGAAAAGUUUGUGGAUGCUAAACGGGCUCGAGAGUUACAAGGCUUCCUAGAUGGGGUGAGGAAAGGACAAGAACAAGUUUUGGGUGACUUGUCAAUGAUUCUCUGUGACCCAUUUGCCUGUAACACAUUAGUGUUGAGCACAGUGAGGAACCUUCAGGAACUGUUGAGCCAGGAGGCCCUGCCCAGAGACAGCCCAGAUCUUCUCCUGCUGUUGCGGAUGCUUUCUCUUGGGCAGGGGGCGUGGGACAUGAUUGACAGCCAGGUUUUCAAAGAGCCCCGUAUGGAUUUAGAGGUGGUAACACGCUUCCUACCUGCUAUGAUGUCAAUAGUUGUAGAUGACUACACGUUCACUGUGGAGCAGAAACUUCCCAGUGAGGAGAAGACCUCUCUCACGUACCCCACCACCCUGCCUGAAACUUUCUCCAGGUAUUUGCAAGAAAACAGGGUGGCUUGUGAGAUUGGUCUUUAUUAUGUGCUUCAUAUUGCCAAGCAGAGGAAUAAGAAUGCACUACAGAGGCUUCUGCCUGCACUGGUGGAUACCUAUAAUGACAUGGCAUUUGGAGACAUCUUCCUUCAUCUUCUCACUGGUCAUCUGACUCUACUCUCUGAUGAAUUUGGAUCAGAAGAGUUUUGUACUGCUGUCUUUGAUAAUUUCCUCCUCUCUUCCUUUUCAAGUAAGGAGAACGUUCACCGUCACAGUCUUCGCUUACUCAACCAUCUACAUCAGAAGAUGCUGCCAUCCUUCUUGGAAACACUGAUGAAAACAUUUGAACCACCAAAACAGAGCAGUGAGCCAGUGAAGGAGCUGUAUACCCUGUUGAAGGAAAAACUUGAGGCCUCUAAGAAAAGCCCUCCAGAACCAGAGGAGCCCCCCUCUCUGGAUUUAGGCCUUCACCCUGUUACUGUCCCACCCACUCCCUCCACACCCACUACCCCACACUGAGAGAGACUACCACUAGAGAGCCGCAAUCUAGUCUAAAGUCCAGGAGGAUAUAGACUACACGUCUAGUUGUAUAAUGGUUGACUUGAACACAGUGCUUAUUUUAAUUGUGACAAAUUGACUUUUUGUUUAUUUUGAUUUUUCUUUAAUAUAUAUAUAUAUAUAUAUAUAUAUAUAUGUGGGUCAUUUUAAAGCUUUUUGUGGGCUAAAGUCCUUUUCAAUUUAUAUACUUGUUUUAAGAAUGUAGUCUUGUUUAAUUGGUGAAUAAAUAAAAUAUACUGUCUUAUGUACAGUCA